AUGGGGACCAUACCACCGUGCCAUAUUCCAGGAUGGGCAAAACUAGAGAUGCGUAUUUUUGCGAAAGAUUCUUCAAUAUGUAUUGACGCAACUGGUAGUCUAAUAAGAAAAUUUAUGGACAGUAAAGUCAUAAAUUUUAAAAAUACUACUGUACCAAUUUAUCAAAUGCUCUCAGAGCAACAUGACUCUGGUACCAUUGGAUUUUGGCUCAACAGAUGGUUACGUUUGGGUAAUUUACUACCAAAAGAAGUUGUUUGUGAUGGAGCCAGUGCUCUUCUCAACGCAGCUUGUAUGGAAUUUAAUAAGUUCUCACAGACACAACAGUGGAUGGGUGGACCUGGAUAUGGAUUUUGGUUCCUCGAAGCCUGUAAAAAAAAGCCCAAGAAAUCCAGCCUAGAAUCAAUGGAACUAGAUUACAUUGACAGUUUGAUAACCUCAAAGCGUAAUAAUAAGACAAGUAGUAUUUUGAGCUUGAAUCUAGUCAGGUCCAGCAAAUUCUUUCCUCUAAAAUUCAUCGACAAGUAUGCCAUAAAUAAGAUAUACGUAAACGCAACCACCGCAGCAGCAAUGACGAACAUGCUGAAAACGAGUGACCCCGAUAUGCAUGUUGCAAGUGACUACCAGCACAACAUCGAUGAGGUAUUGCUCAACACCAUUGGUGAGGUUCGGAGCACUUUGCUCAAUGUAAUCUUCACGUCUCUCAAAAUAUCAGGUGAAACUAAGAGUCAAGAUUGCGAGAUCAAGAAAGAGAGUCGGGCUGCUUUAUAG